CCUGUUGGGAAGCAGAGGUAGAAGACUGAGAGGAGCCUGGGAGCCCGGCGGAUCCAGAGGAGACAGGAGGAGGCAAACCGACGCAGUGAUAAUGCUGUGAAGGCCAACAGUCUGCCGGGCUUUCCUAAUAUCCUGAUCAGGAUCCAAACGGGUUUGAGGAGACGGUCUUCUCAGCACCAUGGGAUCAUCCAGGGAUAAGGUUUCCCUUUUCUCAGGGCUUCUGGUGUUGGUGCUGUGUGCCGUCUCAUCUCUGUGCCAAGAGGAAUACUCGGGAUACCACUCAGGAGAGACGGAGAAACACGUCUAUGAAGAGUCGUCUGCAUUCGACCACUAUGACAGGAGAGGCUCCCAUCAUCCUGAGCAUCAGCCUGAGCCCACUCAGUUCUAUGAUGAGGACUCCAACCCAACCAGGGUCACCAUGAUCACUGAGGACGUCUUUCCUUUUGCUAAAACCACAGAGUCCCACUACGCCAAGGAGGACACAGAGACCAUGCAGGUACCAUUUCAGUACCCAGCAGGACGAGACACAGACUCCUCAGAUGAGGAAUCAGGAGGUGAUUCUGCUCUUGGACAGGAGGGGCCAACGGAGUGCGACUGUGAACCUGGGGAGCCCGGCUUUGGUGGUUUUGCAGGACCAAAGGGAUCCAGAGGCCUGCAAGGUCAAACAGGCCUGCCUGGUAUUCAAGGAAGAGAGGGAUAUAAAGGAGCUAAAGGAGUUCGGGGAAGAGGAGGAGACACCGGACCAGUUGGCGAUGCAGGACCCGAAGGAGAAGAAGGAGCUUCAGGUUUCUCUGGGGGGAUGGGUGAACCUGGACUUCAGGGAGAGCCAGGUGAGCCUGGAGAGCUUGGUCUGAAGGGGGACAUCGGUAUGGAAGGCCCCCGAGGAGGAGUUGGACCUGCUGGUGAGCCUGGGCCUCGUGGGGACCCAGGCUCUUCAGGAUCAAGAGGAGGUAAAGGCAUCAAGGGAUCUCGAGGCGACCCGGGUAAGCAAGGCCCUCAGGGAAAAGAUGGACCCAAGGGUCAGACAGGAGCCCCCGGAUUUCCCGGUGACAUCGGAGAGAGAGGCUACUCUGGUUAUCCAGGACAAAGAGGACCUGCUGGACCAAAUGGACCAAAGGGCCCUAAGGGUUUAGGAGGUUUUCCAGGAAGUGAUGGUGACCCUGGAGAGGAUGGUCCGACAGGAGUCACAGGUUCGAUAGGAGAACCAGGACCGUUUGGUGUUAAGGGCAAUAAAGGUGAUCGUGGUGUGCGGGGACCCCGUGGUAGAGAGGGCCGAGUGGGAGAUCAAGGAGAACCUGGAGAUGCGGGAAUACCAGGAAAACAUGGACCCAAAGGUCUUCAGGGUCCAAAAGGGGGCAAAGGAGAGACAGGACCUGAUGGGGUGAAGGGGGCAGCUGGGACGAAAGGUCUCAAGGGAGAGAACGGCCAAAAGGGAGGAAAGGGUGACCGUGGAGACAAAGGAGAGCGAGGACCAAAGGGCGCACCGGGCCGUAUCGGCGUCCCGGGUCCUGUUGGACCGCCUGGUGGCCCUGGCCCCAGAGGAGGCCGCGGUCCAACCGGUGAUCCCGGUGGCAGGGGCAGAGCAGGACCGAAAGGAGUUCUAGGUCCAGCUGGUCCUGGUCUGACGGACGAGCAGGUCCUGCAGCUCUGCCAAGGCGUGGUCACAGCCCAGUUGGCCCAAUACGCCGCAUCAAUCAGGGCCAAGUGCACCCAGGGCUGCCCCAUCAACAACCGGACUCUGAUCGGCCCUCCAGGGGCCCAAGGACCUCAGGGAUCACCUGGCAAAGCUGGUAAAGCAGGAAAACCUGGAGAGAAAGGAGCCCGAGGUGUUCAAGGUCAAAGAGGGCUGGAGGGGCAGAAAGGAGCCGAAGGCAGCAGAGGUCCAAAGGGAGCCAAAGGCAUCCCAGGUGAUCCAGGUAAAGGCCUGCCGGGCCCAGACGGACCACAGGGACCCAGAGGUGAGCCGGGUUACUCAGCAGAACCAAGGGACGGGACUGAGGGUCCACGUGGGCCUCGUGGUUUCCCUGGCCCGGUAGGGUCACCUGGUAUGGUCGGGUUCCCAGGCGUCCCGGGAUUUUGUGAGAUGAGGGACUGCAGUAUCUAUGCGCCGGUGAUGCGCAAAGAGCAGGGCCUGGUGAAAGGACCUACAGCUUUAAACAUCUGAUCCUGAACUGAAGCUCUGUGUCAUGGCAGGACAGAACUUCUGCUUUCAAUGGCACAUUUAUCUCAGAAGCGAUUUGCAUUAAAUAGCUUUUGGGGAGGAAACUACCCAGAAGAAGAAUUGGCUGCAGGCUGAUUCACUGAGAACCAAAGAAUCAAAUCUUCCAUGUGAGCAAGAAUCCUGCACAGCUAAUUUAAAUAUAAACCAGGAAACCUUUCAACUUAGUUUAUUCUAUUGUAAUCUUAGGAAAAAGUAAGUUAUUCAAGAAAGAUUCCUCCUUCAAGUUUAGUUUUGUCUCCUUUAAAUAAUAGGAAAUCAGAUUGUAUGUAAAUAACAUGUAAAGAGUCUAAAGUUCAUGUGCUGAAUUUCUUUUAUUUUUUGUUAGAUAAACUCUAAUCUUUUUUUUUUACCUGAGUGUGAAGACUAAGCUGUUAUUUCUCAUUUACUCACAUUAAAUUCAUUUGUUUCUUUAAAUUAUAUAAUCGAUCCCCCACCUAAAGUUUAAGCCUAACUUUUAACCAUUUGAUGUCAUGAAAUGUGCAAAAAGUGAAUUUUAUGGAGACAUGACAUUGUCUUGCAGAUGAACCUUUUUUGAAAUAAAUCAUACACAUGGUUUGAAGUGUG